AUGAGAGGUUCGAAGGCGGACGCGAUGGCACCAACGCCUCGCUUAACUCAACCAACUAAUCCCCCUGGCCCGGAACCAGCCGGCACCAAUACCCAUUACCCAAAGAACACGAUGGCACCAACGCGACGCUUAACUCAACUUGGGGAGGGCGGGGUAUUCGAACCCGGGUCCUUAUUGGCGUUGAAACUGCCUCAAGACCACUAG